CCAACUACAUUUGUUCCUCAUCUUCCUUCUCUCGUCUUCUUAUCCUCUACCCAACCCAACCCAUACCAUCUUCUUCUUCAUCAUCAUCAUAAUCUUCUUCUUCUUCUUCUUCUUCUAUUGUACUUACUCCUUCUCAUUCCCUCCGAUUCCCACUACCAUUCUUCACUUCCUCUCAUGUCUUUACUACUUCCUAUUUUGGAUCUCAAUCAGUCAGUUCACUGAUGCUUUCACUCUUCCAGAUCUGAACUCCUUCGACUCAACCACAAGCCACCAUGGCCACUACACUUGCUUGGAGACACGCUGGCAACAAUGCAAAUGAUCUGGAAAGAAAUGGUGAUAGGAAUACUCAAGAUUCAGAGCCCGCAACUCCACAUUCUGUUCUGAAGAUGGGAUUUAGAGAGCGUAACAGCAGCAUGGAGGAUCCAGAUGGAACAUUAGCUAGUGUUGCCCAAUGCAUUGAGCAGUUGCGUCAGAGCUCUUAUUCUGUGCAGGAGAAAGAGUAUUCCUUAAGACAGCUAUUGGAGCUUAUAGAUAUGCGGGAAAAUGCUUUUAGUGCUGUUGGAUCUCACUCUCAGGCAGUUCCAGUACUUGUUUCCCUUCUCAGGUCUGGUUCAUUGAAUGUAAAGAUACAGGCAGCAACUGUCUUGGGCUCCCUUUGUAAAGAAAAUGAACUAAAGGUGAAGGUCUUGCUUGGAGGAUGCAUUCCUCCAUUGCUUAGUCUAUUAAAGUCCAGUUCUACCGAAGGACAAAUUGCUGCUGCAAAGACUAUUUAUGCUGUUUCUCAAGGUGGUGUAAAGGAUCAUGUUGGUUCAAAAAUAUUUUCAACUGAAGGAGUUGUACCAGUGCUCUGGGAGCAGCUUAAAACUGGUCUAAAGGCAGGAAAUGUAGUUGAAGGUUUAUUGACUGGUGCAUUGAAAAAUCUCUCCAGCAACACUGAGGGAUUCUGGAAUGCAACUAUACGAGCUGGAGGAGUGGACAUAUUAGUGAAGUUACUGGCAAAAGGACAGCCCAGCAGUUUAGCAAAUGUGUGCAAUUUACUUGCUUCUGUAAUGAUGGAGGAUGCAUCUGUUUGUUCAAAGGUGUUGACAGCGGAGGUGACAAAACAACUUCUGAAACUAUUAGGCCCUGGUAAUGAUGACUCUGUUAGAGCUGAAGCAGCUGGUGCUCUUAAAUCUCUUUCUGCUCAGUGCAAAGAAGCAAGGCGAGAGAUAGCCAAUGCUAAUGGUAUUCCUUCUCUGAUCAAUGCUACCAUAGCUCCUUCCAAAGAAUUCAUGCAGGGUGAGUGUGCUCAAGCAUUACAAGAGAAUGCUAUGAGUGCUCUAGCAAACAUCUCUGGUGGUUUGUCUUAUGUCAUAUCUAGCCUUGGUCAAAGUCUUGAAUCAUGCACCUCACCUACCCAAAUUGCUGACACAUUAGGAGCUUUGGCAUCAGCUCUCAUGAUUUAUGAUACCAAGGCCGAAUCAACCAGAGCAUCAGAUCCUUUGGUUGUCGAGCAGACAUUACUCAAACAAUUUGAACCUCGCUUGCCCUUCCUUGUGAAGGAACGGACCAUUGAAGCGCUUGCCAGUUUGUAUGGAAAUUCCGUACUUUCAAAUAAACUUGCAAAUGCGGAUGCAAAACAUCUGCUAGUUGGUUUGAUAACAAUGGCUGCAAAUGAAGUGCAAGACGAGCUUAUAAAAGCUCUGUUGACAGUGUGCAAAAGUGAAGGCAGUCUAUGGCGUGCACUUCAGGGCCGUGAAGGAGUUCAGCUAUUGAUAUCUCUUUUGGGGCUUUCAUCAGAACAGCAACAAGAGUGCGCAGUUGCCCUGCUUUGCCUUCUAUCAUUUGAAAAUGAUGAAAGUAAAUGGGCGAUUACUGCAGCUGGUGGCAUACCUCCACUCGUUCAAAUUUUGGAGACAGGAUCAGCAAAAGCAAAGGAAGAUUCAGCAACAAUCCUUAAGAACCUGUGCAAUCAUAGCGAAGAUAUACGCGCUUGUGUUGAAAGUGCCGAUGCUGUUCCUGCAUUAUUGUGGCUAUUGAAAAAUGGAAGCCCAAAUGGGAAGGAUAUUGCUGCAAAAACUUUAAAUCAUUUAAUUCAUAAAUCGGAUACUACAACCAUUAGUCAGCUUACAGCUUUAUUGACUAGUGAUCUUCCUGAUUCUAAGGUUUAUGUUUUGGACGCUUUAAGAAGUAUGCUUUCUGUUGCUCCCCUUAGUGACAUUUUACGUGAAGGUAGUGCUGCCAGCGAUGCAUUUGAUACUAUGAUAAUAUUAUUGGGCUCUGCCAAAGAAGAAACUCAGGCAAAGUCUGCAUCGGCUCUGGCAGGAGUUUUUGAAACAAGGAAAGAUGUGCGUGAAAGUAGCAUUGCCGUCAAAACUCUUUUGUCAGCCAAGAAAUUGCUCAAUGCUGAAUCUGAAAGUAUCCUGAUUGAGUCCUCCCACUGCCUGGCUGCAAUAUUUCUUUCCAUCAAAGAGAACAGGGAUGUAGCUACUAUCGCCAGAGACACAUUAUCCCCUCUAGUUUCACUAGCAAAUUCUUCAGUUUUGGAAGUUGCAGAGAUGGCCACAUGUGCUCUGGCAAACCUUAUUUUGGAUGGUGAAGUUGCAGAGAAAGCUAUUGCAGAAGAAGUUAUCUUACCUGCCACUAGAAUAUUAUGUGAAGGCACAAUUUCGGGAAAAACUCAUGCUGCAGCAGCAAUUGCUCGCCUCUUACAUUCUCGGGCUGUAGAUUAUGCUGUAACUGAUUGUGUGAAUCGUGCUGGAACUGUUCUUGCAUUAGUUUCUUUCUUAGAUUCUGCUGUCAAUGGAUCUGUUGCUACAUCGGAGGCUCUAGAAGCACUUGCCAUACUGUCCAGGUCGGUAGAGACCAGAGAAAAUAUUAAAUCUGCUUGUGCUGUUUUGGCUGAAUUCCCUAAAAGCAUAAGCCCAAUAGUCUUGUGUAUUGUUGAUUCGGAGCCAAUGUUGCAGGAUAAAACUAUUGAGAUUUCAUCUCGAUUAUGUAAGGAUCAGCCUGUUGUUUUAGGAGAGACUAUUGUGUCAGCACCUGGAUGUAUAUCUUCAAUAGCUAAGAGGAUAAUUAGUUCCACAAAUGUAAAGGUCAAAAUUGGGGGAGCAGCGCUCCUUAUUUGUACUUCUAAAGCAAAUCAUCAGAGACUGGUGGAGGAUCUGAGUUCAUCGAAUUUGUGUUUUGAUCUUAUUCGAUCUCUUGUUGAUAUUCUUGUUUCUGCAGUGCCUUCUUCGGGUUACCUGGAUGGUGACAACCAGGAGCUCAUUAGCAUAUGCAGGCACAUAACAGAAGAGGCCAACAAUUCUGAAUCCAACACUAGCACUAGCUUUAUCUGUGGUGUUGACUUGGCGCUAUGGCUACUGUCUAUUCUUGCUUGUAAUGAUGAAAAAAAUAAAAUUGCAAUAAUGGAGGCUGGAGCAAUUGAUGUUCUCAUCGACAGAAUCUCGAAUUGUUUCUCGCAAUAUUCUCAGAUUGACUACAAAGAAGAUAGCGUCAUGUGGAUUCAUGCUUUGUUGUUGGCGAUAUUGUUUCAAAAUAGAGAUAUCAUACGGGCACAUCCAACUAUGAAAUCUGUACCAGCACUUACCAGUUUAAUGAAAUCAGAGCCAUCAGCAAACAAAUAUUUUGCUGCACAAUCUAUAGCUAGCCUUGUCUGUAAUGGUAGCAGGGGAACACUCCUGUCUGUGGCAAAUUCUGGGGCAGCAGGUGGACUUAUCUCUUUGCUUGGCUGUGCUGAUACUGAUAUACAGGAUCUUCUGGAAUUGUCAGAGGAAUUUUCUUUGGUGCGUUAUCCUGAUCAAGUGGCUCUUGAGAGGUUGUUUCGAGUUGAAGAUAUAAGAGUUGGAGCCAGUUCUCGGAAGGCUAUACCAGCCUUAGUUGAUCUGCUCAAACCAAUUCCAGAUCGUCCAGGGGCACCCUUUUUGGCACUUGUACUUUUGACUCAGCUCGGUAAAGAUUGCCCUUCAAAUAUGAGUGUAAUGGUGGAGUCUGGGGCCUUAGAAGCACUUACGAAGUAUCUUUCACUCAGUCCGCAAGAUGCAACUGAAGAAGCUGCUACAGAUCUGCUAGGAAUUCUGUUUAGCAGUGCUGAAAUAAGAAGACACGAAUCAGCAUUUGGCGCUGUUGCUCAACUUAUAGCUGUGCUACGGUUAGGAGGAAGAGGUGCAAGGUAUAGUGCUGCAAAAGCCUUGGAAAGUUUGUUUUCUGCUGAUCACAUCAGAAAUGCAGAGAUUGCUCGGCAGGCUGUUCAACCAUUGGUGGAGAUUCUCAGUACUGGUUCAGAAAAGGAGCAGCAUGCUGCCAUUGCUGCAUUGGUGGGGUUACUGAGUGAAAAUCCAUCAAGAGCUCUUGCUGUUGCAGAUGUUGAGAAGAAUGCAGUGGAAGUUCUUUGUAGGAUCCUUUCAUCAAGUUGUUCAAUGGACCUGAAAGGGGAUGCUGCUGAAUUAUGUUGUGCUCUUUUUGGAAAUACAAGGAUUCGCUCCACAGCAGCUGCUGCAAGUUGUGUUGAACCUCUUGUCUCUCUCCUUGUAUCUGAGUUCAGUCCAGCUCAGCUUUCAGUUGUCAGGGCACUGGAUAGGCUUGUUGAUGAUGAGCAACUGGCGGAAUUAGUUGCUGCACAUGGUGCAGUUGUUCCUCUUGUUGGCCUACUGUCGGGUACAAAUUAUAUACUACAUGAGGCCAUUUCCAGAGCUCUAGUCAAGUUGGGAAAAGACAGGCCUGCUUGUAAAAUGGAGAUGGUUAAAGCUGGAGUUAUUGAAAGCGUACUUGACAUCUUACAUGAAGCACCCGAUUAUCUAUGUGCAGCUUUUGCAGAAUUGUUGCGUAUAUUGACUAAUAAUGCUAGUAUAGCUAAAGGACCAUCUGCUGGUAAAGUGGUUGAACCAUUGUUUUUGUUACUGACAAGGCAGGAAUUUGGGCCUGAUGGACAGCACAGUGCAUUGCAGGUUUUGGUUAAUAUCUUAGAACAUCCAAAGUGUCGUGCUGACCAUUCAUUAACUUCUCGCCAAGUUAUUGAACCACUUAUCCCUUUGCUCGAUUCUUCAAUUUCAGCAGUGCAACAGUUGGCUGCUGAGCUUCUUUCACAUCUACUUCUCGAAGAACGCCUUCAGAAGGAUCCUGUGACACAGCAAGCAAUUGGCCCUCUCAUUCGAGUUCUUGGUUCUGGUAUACACAUACUGCAGCAGAGAGCUGUAAAAGCCCUUGUUAGUAUUGCACUAACAUGGCCAAACGAAAUUGCUAAAGAGGGUGGUGUCAUUGAAAUUUCCAAAGUGAUAUUGCAAGCUGAUCCUUCCCUUCCUCACGCUUUAUGGGAGUCUGCUGCCUCCGUUUUGUCUAGUAUUCUGCAGUUUAGCUCUGAAUUCUACUUGGAAGUGCCUAUUGCUGUAUUGGUAAGGUUGCUUCGAUCUGGCUCAGAGAGCACGGUUGUUGGUGCUUUAAAUGCUCUUUUGGUGCUAGAAAACGAUGAUGGAACUAGUGCAGAAGCUAUGUCGGAAAGUGGAGCUAUAGAGGCUCUCUUGGAGCUCCUGCGAUCUCAUCAGUGUGAGGAAACUGCCGCAAGACUUUUAGAAGUAUUGCUGAACAAUGUAAAGAUUCGAGAAACAAAAGUAACAAAAUCAGCUAUCGUACCACUAUCGCAGUACCUUUUGGACCCACAAACUCAAGCACAGCAGGCAAGGUUAUUGGCAACUUUGGCUCUCGGGGAUCUGUUUCAGAAUGAGGGCCUUGCUCGAACAAGUGAUGCAGUUUCAGCUUGUCGUGCUUUAGUAAACGUGCUUGAAGACCAACCAACAGAAGAAAUGAAAGUUGUAGCCAUAUGUGCUUUGCAGAAUCUUGUGAUGUAUAGUCGAUCAAAUAGAAGAGCAGUUGCAGAGGCUGGUGGUGUUCAGGUUGUACUGGAUCUGAUAGGUUCAAGUAAUCCAGAAACAUCAGUUCAGGCUGCGAUGUUUGUUAAACUUUUAUUCUCAAAUAAUACUAUUCAAGAGUAUGCUUCCAGUGAAACAGUCAGAGCGAUAACUGCUGCUAUUGAAAAAGAUUUAUGGGCUUCUGGAACUGUGAAUGACGAGUAUCUGAAAGCCUUAAAUUCUCUAUUUAGCAACUUCCCAAGACUUAGAGCAACUGAACCAUCUACACUUAGCAUUCCCCAUCUGGUUACAGCCUUAAAGACAGGUUCAGAAGCGUGUCAGGAAGCAGCAUUAGAUGCACUUUUCCUGCUCAGACAAGCUUGGUCAGCAUGCCCAGCUGAAGUUUCUAGAGCUCAGUCAAUUGCAGCUGCAGAUGCUAUUCCACUGCUGCAGUACUUAAUACAGUCUGGGCCACCUCGGUUUCAGGAGAAAGCAGAAUUUUUGUUGCAGUGUUUGCCGGGGACAUUGGUAGUGAUCAUCAAACGUGGUAACAAUAUGAAACAAUCCGUUGGAAACCCAAGUGUUUACUGCAAGCUUACACUCGGCAACACUCCUCCAAGGCAAACCCAGGUGGUUUCAACUGGCCCUAAUCCAGAGUGGGAUGAGAGCUUUUCAUGGACCUUUGAGAGUCCUCCCAAAGGCCAGAAGCUUCAUAUUUCUUGCAAAAAUAAGAGCAAAGUGGGAAAGAGUAAAUUCGGGAAAGUAACAAUCCAGAUUGAUCGAGUGGUAAUGCUUGGAUCAGUGGCCGGAGAGUACGCUUUGUUGCCUCAAAGUAAAAGUGGGCCGCCACGGAAUCUAGAAAUAGAAUUUCAGUGGUCUAACAAGUGAUACCAUCCAGCUUUCAAAUUGCAUAGUUAAAACAGACUCUUCUGUCAUAAUAUUCUUUUGUAACUUGGUCUUUCAUUCCUAGUAUAAAACACUAGGGGCACGAAGAUCAGGCCAGCUUCGCUUUUCUUGUAUGAUUCUUUGAGUGUUGUCAAUUUAAAGUUAAAUAGCGAGUCUGUUUUAUCAUCAUUUUUUGUAUUGGGGCUUGUAUUGUAAUAAGUCGACAUAGUAUAGUUAUUUGACAGUAAAUUGAAUGUAAAAUAUAAAUGACAAAAACUGUUGUACUUGGAGUGUGGAUCUGCUUCUUACUCAUCCGUAAGGAGUCUCUUCAAUCUCUGGAGGAAUCUAGUAGAAGAGAGAAAAACUUAUGGUGUGUGUAGAAUCCUCAUACACAUGGGUGUCACGUACCUCAUCAGUGUUUCUUUUUGUUUUUGGAGUCUCUAGCACUGAAGUGGAAUUUUACACGUAAUGGAGCUUGUGCUUACCUUCACAUUU